AGCGCAGUUGAGCCUCAUCCAUCCAGCGUAGAGCUCACUCCGCUGACAGGGAGCGGUCUGCUUUUACGCACAACCUGCGUGCAUCUGCGUCCCGCGUUUUACAGGUGAACCAGGGGCUCUCUGCAUAGGCAACAGACAGAAGAAGACAAACCCUUUGAGGAUUUUUAUUUUUUAUUUUAUUUUGGCGACGGAAUGGGGGAUGUAGCUGGUUUCCACAUGCACGGGGAAGUGGUGUGAGGCUGUUUCCAGAUUGAGAAGACGCAAACUGCAGGGGCGUGUGGUUAAUUGAAAUCGAUCCGGUGGUCUCUCUCGCUCUCUCUCUUUUCUUCUUUUGAAUGUGACGCAGCAGCAGAGGUUCUUUCUCCUCCUCUCCUCCUCCUCCUCUUCCUCCUCACCUCCUCCUCCCGUAUCUCUCACCUCCAACAUGACUUCACUGUCUGGGACCAAGGAGAGGUCUGUGAGCAGCCGGAGCAGAAAAUAUGGGAUGCCUGACACUUCACCGACCAAAUCGGCGACAUUUUCCCCCGACACAUGGUACCGAAAGGCCUACGAGGAGACCAGCAGAUCAGGCACACGCCCCACUCCGGAGGGUGCCGGCUCCAUGCCGAGCUCCACAGGCACCCCGUCCCCAGGCUCAGGAAUCUCCUCCCCGGGGUCUUUCUCUGGAUCACCUGGGACCAUCUCUCCAGGGAUUGGGACAGGAUCGCCAGGUUCUCUGGGUGGCUCCCCGGGUUUUGGCACCGGCUCGCCGGCCUCAGGCAGCGGAAGUUCCCCUGGCAGUGAAAGAGGGAUAUGGUGUGAGAACUGUAAUGCAAGGCUGACAGAGCUGAAGAGACAAGCGCUGAAACUGCUCAUCCCAGGACCUUACUCCAGCAAGGAUCCCUCCUUCUCCCUCCUCCUCCACGAUAAGCUUCAGGUGCCUAACAGUUCUCGGCUGGCGUGGAACGAGCGAGACAGUCGCUGCGAUGUUUGCGCCACUCACCUCACUCAGCUCAAACAGGAAGCCGUUCGCAUGGUCCUCACCCUCGACCAGUGGGACCUGUCCCCCACCUCUUCCCCCCCUGCAAUGAUUGAACGAUAUGGAUCUCAAGGACCCCCGGGUCCGCUGGGAGCAUCUGGAGUUCCUGGGUCACGGGACUGGCCUCCUCCUUUUCUCCCUUCCUCUUCCUCCUCGGCUGCUUCUUCAACUUCACAUCCUCCUCAACAAGCGUCCCAGUCGCCUUCCCCAAGCCCAAACCAGACCCCGACACCCAGCCCCAGCCACGGACCAUCCAACGGCAGCCAUGGGAGUCCCUCAGUGCAAACAUCCAGCUGCGCUCCCUCAAACCCACCACCUCAAGGUCCUGGGCACAGACUGGGGUCCAAGCCCAGCUCCUUAGGUCUUGGAGGUGGGGUGGACAGAAGGAAUGGGUCUUCUGGUUCAGGAAAAACAGCUGGUGCCCAACAGCAUGUGACUGGGGUUAACAGCCCCAGCAAUAGCGGUAAUGGUAGUAACAACGGGACUGGAGCAGUACUGAGCACAGCAGCUCUGCAGGCCCAUCAGCACAUGAACCGAACUAGCGGAGGGGUUACACUCUAUCCUUACCAGAUCUCCCAGAUGAUCUCUGAGGCCUCCAGAGAAGGACUGUCUGAAGCUGCCCUGAACCGCCACAACACACACUCUCCUUCACACACCAGUUCACCAUCACACACCAACUCUCCCUCUCACACUCAUGCUGUCACCACCACAGCACCGACCGCCACCUCUGCUGCUGCCUCUUUCUUUGCCAGAGCUGCACAAAAGUUAAACUUAGCAUCCAAGAAGAAGAAGCAGAAGACGGCCGCAGUCACACCCCCAGUGACAUCAUCACCGUCCUGCGACCCACCUCUGUUUCCCACCAAUUUCAGCUCCGCCCUGGUGGUGGCCCCUCCCCCAGCUCCACCCUGCCUCCUCCGUGCAGCCAAUAAGAUAAAAGAUACCCCUGGGCUUGGAAAGGUGAAAGUGAUGGUGCGGGUGUGCCCAGUGUCUCAGUUGGACGCCGCCGAGUCCAGCUCUUUCCUCAAAGUGGAUCCCAGGAAGAAACAAAUCACCAUAAUGGACCCGGCAACCAAUCAGACGGCAAGCGCCGCUUCCCAGAAAAAAGCAGCAGCCAAUCAGGUCCCGCCAAAGAUGUUCACGUUUGAUGCUGCGUUCCCUCCUGAUGCAUCACAGGCGGAGGUGUGUGCGGGGACGGUUGCCGAGGUGAUUCAGUCGGUGGUGAAUGGAGCAGAUGGCUGUGUCUUCUGCUUUGGACACUCCAAGCUGGGUAAAUCCUACACAAUGAUGGGUCGAGACGACUCUCUUCAGACUCUGGGUAUAAUCCCCUGUGCCAUCUCCUGGCUCUUUAAACUCAUCAAUGAGAGAAAGGAGAAGACAGGAGCUCGCUUCUCUGUUCGAGUCUCUGCAGUCGAGGUUUGGGGAAAAGAGGAGAACCUCAAGGACUUGCUGUCUGAGGUGGCCACUGGCAGUUUACAGGAUGGACAGUCACCUGGAGUGUACCUGUGCGAGGACCCCAUCUGUGGCAUGCAGCUCCAGAACCAGUCCGAACUGCGUGCUCCCACCCCAGAGAAGGCUGCCUGGUUUCUGGACGCCGCCAUAGCAGCUCGUCACAGCAGGCAACAGCCCAACACCACGGAGGAAGAGCACAGGAACUCACACAUGCUGUUUACAUUACACAUAUACCAGUAUCGUAUGGAAAAGACAGGAAAAGGAGGGAUGUCCGGAGGUCGCAGUCGCCUCCACCUGCUGGACCUUGGCAGCUGUGACGUCAAAGUACUUGGAGGAGCGGGAGGUGGGAAGAGCAGGGAGAACUCCUCACCCAGCUCAGCCCCACUGUGCCUUUCUUUAUCCGCCCUUGGCAAUGUCAUCCUGGCCCUGGUCAACGGCAGCAAACACAUCCCAUACAAGGACAGCAAGCUGACCAUGUUGCUAAGAGAGUCGCUAGGCAACAUGAACUGCCGGACCACCAUGAUUGCUCACAUCUCCGCCUCGCCCAGAGACUUCUCAGAAACCCUCUCCACCAUCCAGAUCGCUUCCCGUGUCCUCCGCAUGAAGAAGAAGAAGACUAAAGUCACCGUGCAGUACACCUCCAGCUCCUCUGGAGGAGAGAGCUCCUGCGAAGAGGGCCGCAUGCGGCGUCCCACCCAUCUGCGUCCUUUCCAUCACCGUGGAGACACCGACUCUGACCUUCCACUACUGCGACUAUCCAGCGACCCUGAUGAGUAUUCGAGCAGCGAACAGUCCUGUGACACAGUCAUCUAUGUGGGCCCAAAUGGAGCGGCGGUGUCUGACAGAGAGCUGACGGACAACGAGGGACCGCCAGAGUUUGUCCCAAUUAUUCCCGCUCUGCUACGAGGAAAAGCGUCAGAGCCGAAUCAAACACAAAGUCAAAGUCAGACAGCUGGAGUCCAGAACAAGGUGCAGUGUCCGCAGGAGGAGCAGCCCAGUGGCCCCUCUCAGGCCUCUCAGUCACUGCUUGGGCAGCCGUUGGCCCCCGUCCCAGAAGAGGGAGCGGAGUGCCUGAAGUGCAACACCUUUGCCGAGCUGCAGGAGCGACUGGAAUGCAUUGAUGGGAGCGAGGAGGUGGCAAAGUUCCCCUUUGAAGAGGUUCCAGCAAACAAACAAGGUGCCAAACAAGAGCCAUGUGUAUCUUCAUCUGUUCCAACCUCAGCUCCUGCUGCUCCUGGCUCUGCUGCCGUGUUGGACACAGAGGACACAACAGGCUCUGCAUGUGCUGUAGAAGGCGCCAUGCAGUUCUCCUUCACCUCAGAUGCACCGGUCUCCAGGAGGAGAACCAAUGACCAGCAGCUGCAGGAGAUCAAGGAGGUGGUGGAGGAGGCAGAACUGGCCCAGACAAUGAUCCACAGCUUGGCUCAGACUUCUGGUUCCUCCAUAGUCACUAGUACCAGGAGUGUCACUGGAACCAGUUGCAUCACCUCCAACCCCCUGCACAGGGUCAAGGGCUCCCAACCUCAUGAGAGCAAUGAGAGUCAGAAUGUGGGUGCUAACGCGGACGGGAAGGCACGCGCUCUAGGAUCACCACGCCUCGGCAUCGCCAGCCUGACCAAAACCUCAGACUAUAGGCCUCCGUCCUCUCCAUCACAGCGGUGCAAAGUGUACACACAGAAGGGCGUGUUGCCGGCAACGCCCCCCCUGUCCUCAUACACUCUGGCUCAAGAUGGCCAGGCCACAGAGGCUCUGAUGUCCGACAACAGUUUGGCCGCAGACAGUGGCCGCUCCUCCACAGAGUCCAUUCUGUACAGAACGUCUCCGGUGGGCAUGAGCCCGCAAGUCCGAGAGCCAACAGCGUCUCUGUCUGCCAGCCUGGGCUCAGCUGAGACACUCUGUGACGACGAUGUACCACCUAUACCCAUGGACACGCACAAGGAUGCCUCAGAGCCAGCUCUAUCUGUGGGAACAGUUGCACCUCUCUCACUUGGGGAGGAUGAACUGGUGUACACUGUGGUUUCUGGAGGGCAAGAGGAGCCUGACAUUGCAGCUCUCAUGGAAACAGGGGGCCUGACCAGUCAUCCAACCAGCAUCAUCAGCUUCAACAGUGAAUAUGGCUCUGUCUCUGCCCCAACCUCAGGCUCUCAACCCUUCAACCUCAUCAGUGGUGCUGCUGAGAAUGGAGCUGUGCAGAAUUAUGCCCUACCUACAAGUCUGGCAGUAACCUCAGGGGUUACAGAGGUUGUUGCCCUGGCAGAGGUGGCAAUGGCCAAGUUGCGGGUAGAAGGUGAAGCCAUGGCCACAGUGAUGUCUAACUGCGGUUCACACAUGUCCUCCUGGGUGAGCGAUCUGAGCCUUGGCAGUGAUGCCGAUCAGUCUCUCCACAGCUUCAGCCAGUCUCAGAGCCAGCAAGGGGAGGCCUUGGCUGAUUCUGAUCCCAGCCAGAGCUCUGGAGUCGAGGGGCUCGGUGAUUUUAAAAGCUGUGGCAGCCCAAGGAGAGGGAGUCUGGAAGGAGAGGUGGUGCAGCAAGAGAACGGCAGCCCUAAAGGAAACAGAGACAGGCUGAGGAAAAUGCCACCCUCCAUGGCUAAAACUAACAUUCAGAUUCUGGUAGGACCCAGUAGCCUCUCACCUUUGAAGACCACAAUGAGCAUUCACCAAUGUGUGACUGUGAAACCCAUGAUGAUCCAAGAACCAACCCUGCUCUCCUCACCUACCAAGAUGAGCUUAAUGAAAGAUACAAGCAAAUUCAAUGCACCACUUUUAGCUUCGAUUUCCAGUGAGAUGAGCUUUGACGACCCCUGGUUGAAGCGUGGAAUGGAAGAGAGGAGGUCCGGGGAGUCUACGUGUGAAGUGAAGCCAGAGAAAAGUGAACCAAACCAUGUAAAGUGUCAGGGUGGAGCUGGGGCCGGAGACCUCCAGGGCUUCUGCAAGGAUGGUGAGAGUAGUGAUGCAUUUGUGUCAUCUCCAGAUUCCUUUAAUAAGAGAGUGGUGGAUGGUUGUGAGAUGGUUGCUGUCGUCGCCCAGGGAGAGGGCCUCACUAUGUACAGCCCAGAUAUCCACCGUACGUCCAGUCUUCCCCGCGGCUGGCACCGUCUUAACCGUCACGAUGGCUUAGACAAUGGAAUCGAGUACCGCAACCUUGGGGUCACAACUUCAACUCCCUGUAGUCCCCGCUCUACACUCGACCGCCGGGGAUCAACUGGGAAACAGGGCUUUUUCUCCCACAGGAAGGGUGGGAUCCCACCGCUUCCACCUAUAAGGAAGUCCAGCCUUGACCAGCGGAGCAGGGCGGCCAGCCCUCUCCACCAACCCAGUCACGGAGUCCCGCAGAUUGGGAGCUCAGUAGAUGAUGUGGGGGUUUCCGCCGCCAGACUACGAGGCUCCAGCAUUGACAGCAGUAGACUUUUCAGCGCCAAGUUGGAACAGCUUGCGAACAGAACCAACUCACUGGGUCGGGCACACACCUCCCACAUUGGUUCCCACCAUUAUGACUGCUUCUCCCUGGAGAGGGGCGAGAGCCUGAGAGGAGGAGUUAGGGGGGACAGCACCAUGCCUCGUUCAGGGCGCAGUCUCACCCGGGCUGGAUCGGUUUCUUCUCCCACAGCAAACACGACCAACUCCGGUUUCAGUGGCAGUUCUGGUCCAAGCAGCGCUCCACAGUCACCAGCCAAAACCAGCGGCCAGUCAAAGAUAUCAGCCGUCAAUAAACUGCUGAUGACCAGUAGUCCCAAAACCAGGAGUCUGUCUGCCUCCAGCACCAAGACUCUGAGCUUCUCUACCAAGUCUUUAAGCCAAACCGCCAACCGCAGCUCCAGCCUGCCUCCUAUUGGAAAACCUCAGAGCACAGUGCAGGUUCCUGUGCAGCAGCAGGGACAGCAGCAGGGACCCUCCCCAGGGUCCUGGUCUACCCAGUCUCUAAGUCGCAGUCGAGGGGGAAGCCUGGCAGCCAAGCUCCCACUGCGGGCCGUCAACGGUCGUAUCUCAGAGCUCCUCCAAGGAAGUGCAGGCUCCCGUUCCAGGAAUCAUGCACAGGGAGGAGGCACUGAUCCUGCAGAGGAAAGAGGAGUUGGAGGAGCAAGUGGAGGGGGAGCUGGAGCAGGAGGUGGUGGAGAUGGUGGUCUGGGUGAGGAGAAAGCAGCAGUGGUCCAAACGCUGCCUUCUCCCUACAGCAAGAUCACAGCCCCUAGAAAACCUCAGCGAUGCAGCAGCGGCCAUGCCAGCGACAACAGCAGUGUACUCAGCGGGGAGCUCCCCCCGGCCAUGGGGAAGACGGCCCUGUUUUACCACAGUGGAGGCAGCAGUGGCUACGAGAGCAUGCUGAGAGACAGCAGCGAGAACACAGGAAGCACCUCCUCUGCUCAAGACUCCCUCAGCGAACACAGCACAGUCACCACCUCCUCCAGACGGAGCUCCAAGAGUAACAAGAAGAGCAGGAGCAACACAGGCCUCCAGCGUCGUCGCCUGAUACCAGCUCUCACCUUGGACUCUUCCACCUCCUCGCCCACUCAUCGCUCCACAAAACAGGCCAACACUUCCUCAUCUUCCUCCUCCUCCAGCCCUGGUGCCUGCUGGGUAGAUGGCCCGCUGGGGCCCCCAGCUCCCUCAAACCUCCGGGGCGCAACGGCAACGACAGAAGGCUUUGAGAUCAAGGUGUACGAGAUAGAUGAUGUGGAGCGUCUGCAGAAGAGGAGAGACAAAGGAGGAAGCAAGGAGUCGGUGUAUGUGAACCCCAAGCUUCGUCUGCUGGAGAACCGCCAACAGCGAAUCAGUGAAGUCAGAGCCAAGUACCAGUGUCUGAAGAAAGAACUGGAACUAACCAAACAGUACCUGAUGCUGGAGCCACACAAAUGGACCACUGAGUUCGAGCUGCAGCAGGUCUACGAAGUGGACUCUCUGGAGUAUUUGGAAGCUCUGGAGAUGGUAACGGACAAACUGGAGACCAGGGUCAACUUCUGCAAAGCUCAUCUCAUGAUGGUCACCUGCUUCGACGUGUCCUCAAGACAUCGAUAGACAGAGGGAGAGAAGAGAAGCAGGAGGACAAGGAGAGGUGGACUCACGGCAGGACUUCAUUUGAUGUUUAUUGGCCAAACACAUUUAAAAUAUAUACCUCCUUUGUAAAUACAUCUCAUUGGAUUACUGGUUAGAUGGAAGGAGGAGAUACAGGGAUGGACUGUCCAUUUGAUUUAUCAUGUCGGGCAUCAUUAUGUCCCAAGAUGUAAGUCGGCGGAAGGACAGAUGGAUGGAGAGAUUGGGGGAUUAAAGGAAUGGAGAUAUCUGACAGGCCAACAGACAGAUGACCUUGCAGAUUUUCACAUUUGGGCUUUUAAGAAACCUCAGAAACAGUCACUGAAGAGCUUCUUAUUGACAGGCCGCUUUGACUCAGAUAUAAAUGGCUGCCCUGAAGGGGGCAGACAGAUGGAGGUGACUCUGAGACGAAACAUCAGACAAGUGACCACAUUUUUCCAGAGAACAGAAUAAUUCUACUGCAGAGCAACCUCUUAGACUCAGUCGAACGUUCAGUAAUAUACGGUGAGUAAAAUGGAGAGACAAGCAAAAACUGCCUUUUUUAAACAAAGGAGGAUGAAGGAGAGGUUAAGGUCAAAAAGAGGAACCAUUUCUCCUCUCCCAUUAUUUUGGAAGAGCACUUUUUAGAGUAGUUGAGAGCCAUUGACUGUAAACACAGUGCUGACUACAGAAUGGCCUGGUGUUGUUGUGCAGUUGAUGAUAGAGACUGACAAAGAGAAAGACCAUAGGACAAAGAAAAUGAUCUAGAUAAGUGCCUUGUGAACAUUUCAACAAUACCAAGACCAAUUCUCUUUCUCUCUGAAUAUGUGUACAUGCAGUAAGUAUGGUGCUUACAGAAAAAACACACACACACACACAACAAAUGAGCAUUGUCCUUGGAAAAUCUUUGUUAUUACAGCCAUUGGUAAAUGUGAUGCUUUACUGCGUUUAACUAGAAGAAAAACUCACUUUGUUUGAAUCUUAUUUGGUGCACUGAUGUAAUAUAUUGGAGCUGUUUGGAUCCCUAACGCUCAAAUUGAAACAAAUGAGGUCUGAUGCCGAACUUGCUUCAAAACUGGUCAGAAAAAUUGUGGUCGAUGUUAAUACGGGCAAUGUAUCAAUAUGAAAUAUUCCCAUACAGCUCCUUUGAAACCACCAAACAGUUGCAAGGACCAAAAGAUUUAUUUAAAAAAACGUACAUGAUAUUUCAAGGACACAGACUCAUGUGUGUUAAGAAAAUAAUAAUAAUAAAUAAACAGAGAAGAAGAAAGAAGCUACGUUCUUUUGCUGAUGUGAUUUCACUUGACUUUACUCACAAAAAGAGCACAUCUGAGUUGUGACCCUCUGGGGCACAUGUACCAUGUGCCCCCCCCCCGCGAUACAGUCAUGAUGGCUUUUUCAUGUUCAAACGUCUAGUCACACAGGAGUGGAGAUGAAGAUGUGUCUCUGUGUUACAUCCAUCGACUGACUGACUGUCUGACUGACAGGUGGACCGUCUGUUAUUUGUAUCUGUGUCGUUCUGCUCUAUUCUAAAAGAAACUGAAUGAUUCGUCAAUGUGUGGUUUUUAUAAUAAAGUCUCUUUUUUAUUUGAGUUCAAUGGGACCAUGGAGAGACUAUGUGUGAUAGUAGGAUAAUGAAAAUAGGUAUAAAGUCAAAUAUUUAAGACUAAGGAAGACCUUUGAUUUACACAGUUCGAUUUGAAUGUCUUUAUUGGAACAAAGUAGUGAAAUUAGACUGGUUAUACUUCCUAGUGAAUACAGUUAUUGUUAAAAAUGGCUGACUAGUUCAAGUUCUGUGUCCAGACAUUGUAAAGAAACUAAAAUAUAUUUAACGAAAUGAAACUAAAGAAAGAAAAGGAUGACGACCAAAUUAAGAAGCAUAGAUCUCUGCCUGGUUCCAUGUUUUUUGGAUAGCAAAAAUUUGUUAAUAUUAUCUAUGGUGCUUGAGAUGCUUAUGAUCUAAAUGUUUGUACAAAUAUAAAUAUAUGAAAAAUCCUGUUUCCCUCUGAAAUGACAGAAUUACUUUCGAAAGCUUCUUCUACAUCUCUGUCUAUUGUUGUCCACAUCCACCGCCCUCAUCUGCCCCGGCAAGCAGAGAGCAUUCUGGGAGAUCAUGUCUAUAGUCUGGGAGGAAAAAAGAGGGAAGAGACUUCACAGGAGAGAAAACUCUGGGUUUAUUUAGCAUGAUGUGUCAAAAGCUUCGCAAUUGAUCACGAUCCGAACAUCUGAAACUCUGUUUUUAUAUUUUCCACUGGACGGGACUGCCAGUAAAACCUUUGAAAUGUUUCAGGUUUUGAUGUUCGUGUGUUACAAAGUUAUAAUAGUGAUUCAUUUCAUGAUCUGCUCACCCAUGAAAGGGACCUGGUAACAGUGAUGCUUUUACGGACAGAUGAAGUGAUCUAGUCAGAGGUGUCUGAAGUUUCUCCUGUGAUAUCUCUCGUUCCCUUUUUUAAUCCCCCAGUUCACUGUACAAGUCAUGAAUGAAGUUUUUUAUUUAUUUGAGCUCAGGAGAGCAGAUCUCGCCUGUCAACGUUUUUUAUUUAUUUACACAUUAUGAUCUUACAAAGUUACUAUGCAUUUAAGAAAAAGAAAAAUAACUGUAUAUACAUUGCUGAGCCCCAUGUCAUAUAAAUAUAUAUACUGUACACAUAACAUAUAAACGCUCAUCUUUAUUUUAUAUAUUUUGUGUUGAAUUAUUUUGCUCCUGCUGUUCCAGUUGGGGAUUUGGAUGAGUUUGGGUUUCCUAAAGUUUCCACAUCCAGGGCAGAUUACGUGGUUCCAGCACAACAAUAAUUUCAGGUGAAUAAAUACUGAGCAAAAUGAAGCAAAUUAAUGGUUGAUUUUUUUUUUUUUUUUUUACAUGUGAAGAAGGAAACGUUUAAGCAUGAAAACAGCUGUGUUGUUUUUAAAUGAAAUGACAGUAUCUUCUACAGUAUUAACUAAAAGCCUUGUGUUAUUAGCAGUGGAUGUUUUUGGGAACCCCAACCUCUGGAUGAGCUAAACGGCUCAUACUCAUUUGAAAAUGCUAUGUGUGAGGUUUCCUCCUUCAUGUGUCUCUGCCAAAGGUAUUGUGGUAGCGCUUUAUGAUUCAAGCAAUAACUGUGAAAAACACCUCGGGUUUUAGUUGGACUUUUCAAAAGUAAAGGUUUAAAAAAAUUAACAUACUGACAAACAUGCUGUCGGUGAAUUAAAGAAUUAUAAUGUGUUAUCUGGAAAUCUGACACAUAGCAUCUUCUAAAGAAUAUUGUGCAUUUUGGUGAAUAUGAAGUGCAAGAUUCUCACUGAGUGUUGACGAUUAAAGAUUGCAACUACAAAGUGUGGUCCGACACAUUGUAUUGAUGGGAGAUUAAGAUGGAGGGAAUGUAAAUAAAGGAAUGUAUUGAAAGA